AUGCACUGGGAGGUCUAUAAUCUUUCCGCUGGCAAAUCGCUUCCGCAAUGGCUCGCCGAGUCCAAGAAGAAAAAGCAGUCAUUGCGAAGCAAUGAGGACUUCCGGAAGCGCAUCGAUCUGAUCCAGGAUUUCGAGUUCAACGUGGCUUCUUCGCGAGUAAAGGUCAGCCCUGAUGGCCAGUACGUUCUAUCCACCGGCAUUUAUGCGCCGGAGCUUCGUAUAUUCGACUUGAAAGAGCUCGGAAUGAAGUGCUCUCGUGGUCUGGAUUCGGAGGUUGUGGACCUUCAGCUCCUGUCCGAGGAUUGGAAGAAGCUUGUAAUGCUGUUGCAUGAUCGAACCUUGGAGUUUCAUUCCCAGUAUGGGCGCCAUCACCGCUUGAGGGUUCCCAAAUGCGGUCGCAGCAUCACGUAUGACAGCGAGUCGUGCACCCUGUUUGUGGGUGGGUCUUCGCAAGAGGUGUACAGGUUGGACUUGGAAGCUGGAACGUUCCUCACGCCAAUCGAAAUGCAGAGGAUGAGUGAGGUCAACGAAGUGGUUACGCAUCCACGGCUGCCGAUCGUGAGUUGCUGCGGUGAUGGCGCUGUCGUCGAGUCGUGGGAUUUGCGGGAUCAAACAUCUCCUCUUCAGACGCUGAAGGUUGAUGAUGCCUCGACAUCCGAAAGUAUUCAGGUGACCCGAUGUGCCUAUUCCGGCAACGGCAUGUUCUUUGCCGCAGGCACCUCCGAGGGCAUCGUUCGUGUCUACGACCUUCGAAGCAGCCGCCCGUUGGCUCAACGCGACCAUAUGAAUGACUAUGCGAUAACUUCGCUUUGCUUUCAUGGCUGUGGGCCAGAGUCGUCAGAUCUUUUGGUUGCAUCCUCUGACAAGAAAUCCAUCAAGGUCUGGGGCGCAACGACAGGAUCGAUGAAGGCAUCUGUCGAAUCACAGAGUGUUGUCAACGAUGUUAGCUUCUAUCCCAACUCGGGCCUGAUGUUUGUGGCGAACGACCAUCAGAGAAUUGGGUUGUUUUUCAUCCCGAGCAUUGGGUUGGCACCAUCGUGGUGCUCAUUCCUGGACAACAUCACCGAGGAAUUGGAAGAGAGCAAGCAGAAGACUGUUUUCGAGGAUUUUCAGUUCGUUACCAAAGAUCAGCUUGAACAGCUUGGUGCGACUGAGUUGGUUGGCACAAAAUAUCUCCAGCCCUACAUGCAUGGCUUCUUUAUGGACUACCGGCUUCACGCCAAGCUAAAAGCUGCCCUGGAUCCUUUUGCCUUCGAGGAGUAUCGCAAGCAGAAGGUCAAAGAACGGCUGGAAGCGAAACGAACCAUGCGAACACGCAUCAGGAACAACAAGGUAGACGUCAAUCCCAGCUUCCACGAACAGUUGCAACUCACAGCGGAGGAAGGCUCUGGAGUUGGUGCAUCGAAGAAACGGAAGGAGGCUGCAGACAAAGCAAAGCGGAUUCUGCAAGAUCAGCGGUUCCAGGCCUUGUUUGCAGAUCCGGACUUCACCAUUGAGGCACCUACUUCUGUGAACACCUGUGUGGUUGGCGUGCGUGAGAGCUUGAUCAAGAGCGGUGUGACAACCGCUUUCGCUCCGUUUGCAUUUGCUGUGGCCGUUUACCUGGACAGAUGGCGAGCAGAUCUUUUGAUGGGUCAAGCCAGUCGGAAUUGUCCUGAAUACGACGCUGGUGUCGUGAACGUAACGGUUCGCCUGCGGGGUAGCUGCCCACUUCGUUCUAGCAGUCGGGAGUUUGAGCGUUCGACCACAGCUUGUGCAGAGAACAGACAUGCCGGGAAUGACAUUCACGGGGUGGAUGAUUCGGGGAGAGAGUACAGCAGCCUAUCGGAACUUUGGCUUUUACAGGGACAGCAGCGCGACAAGUUCUACAAAGUCAACGAGAAUUGGUGGGUCAAAGGCUACGAAGGACGCGUGUCUCUUGAGGGCACGAUGAUAGGUGAUGAGGCAAGCCAAGAGGACGUGCAGCACUCACAAGAUUUUCUUCGAAAGGCCCUAGAGGGCAUGCUCGAUGAUCCUUGCUCGGCGUUGGACUGUGGUGCUGGCAUCGGGAGGGUGACGAAGGCAGUGCUUCUACCUGCAGUGACAGGCUCCGUCACUUUAGUUGAUCAGUCGGAGAGAUGGCUGCAGACUGCGAAGAAGUACUUGGAAUGCGAGGCAGAUCGAUGCCACUUCAUCCAGUGUCGACUUGAAACAUACCGGCCAUCCAGCAGCUUUGACGUAAUCUGGAUACAGUGGACCUUGCAGUAUCUGACCGACGAAGAUGUUGUUCACCUUCUGCAAAAUCUGUCAGCUGGAUUGACAUCGCAAGGAGUCAUAGUUCUAAAGGAGAACAAUAUGUCUCAAGACUCGUUUUCGUUCCACAUGGACACUCCAGGAAAAGAAGGCCGGUUUGAUAUGACACGAUCACCCAAGCAUUUACAUGUACUUGUUGAGUUGGCAGGACUACGGGUAACUCACAUGGAACUCUGGGAUGAGUGCAGCUGUUGGGUGCUUCGGUGCGUGUCGGAAGAGGUGCAAGAGCUUGCCCCAGAUGGCCAAGACCAAGGACAGUAA